AUGAAAAAUUCAAAGAUUCAAAGGAAGACAACACGAAAGAUAAAAACCGAUGUUAAAUUCCUGAGAAGCAUUAUCGUCAAUACUGAUGACAUCGUGACAGGGUUCGAUUAUGCUAAUCAAGAUGGCUGUAAUCAUGACACUGUUCCUGAUAAUAGUGAUAAUCUGCGUGGUGGUUCCGUUUCUGGUCAGAGUGAGUCUGAUGUCGUCGUUGAUAUUGCUGAUGCUGAUGGUGAUGCUAACAGUGACUUCUUAAAUCACUCAGGUCAUGAUGGUGAUAAUGAUGACGACGACGAUAGCAGUGAUUAUAACCAUGACCUUGAUGAUGACGAUAAGAAUAAUGUCGAUGAUCGCGAUGAUGAUCAUCAUGUUGAUAAUGAUGAUCAUAGUCAUGAUGAUGAUCAUGAUGAUCAUGAUGAUAAUAAUGAUUAUGAUAAUGGUCAUAAUGUCGAUGAUAAUGAUGAGGAUGAUGGUCAUGAUGAUGAUGAUGAUCAUGAUUUCUAG